AUGUAUGUCGCUUCUACCGCCACGACCAGCUCCUCCUCCUCCUCCUACAACAACAACCCUGCAGUGCAAAAGUUUGACCCCAUUCUCUUCAUGCCUACCUCACAUGGUGUGAAUGAAGCCAUUGGAUACAUCAUACCGCAUCUCGACACUGGUAGCUUGGCGCAAUGUGCAAGAGUGAGCCGUCAUUUCAACCGAGAAAGCAAUAAGGCUAUUUGGCGAGCACCCAACUUUCAGGAUGGAUAUCUAUACAACCCACUUCGAUUGUUGAAUCGUUUUAUCGACUUGUUACCUGAAUUAAGACCAGAGACACAAGCACUGGUGACAACGCUUGAUCUAUCGCAUAUCGAGGAAUCACUUUAUGAGAACGUACGACCCCACUUUUUUGAUGCAUUGACACGCUAUACGCCCAAUCUGCAAGUGCUCAAGAUGGUUAAGACGAGCUUUUUGACAGUGUCAAGUGUGCGAGGUACUGGUAGACUACCCCAUUUACGGGCAUUGGAUCUAUCCUAUUGCGAGCAUGUAUCAGACGACUUAUUGGUUGAAUUGGCACCACGUGUUCCUCGACUUGCUUAUCUUCGAUUGGAUUCUCUCGGCAGCGAUGCUGGUGGCGAACGUGGAUUGGCAGCAUUUGCAGAUCAUUGCGACGACCUUACAUCCGUUUCGAUUCGAUACAAUGAUACGAUCACCAAUGGAGCAUUGACAGCAUUGGCCAAAUUUGGCAAGAUUCAUGUUAAAGAAGUGGAUUUGACAGGAUGUGCUUAUGUGACACCAGUGGGAUUGGCGGCCAUGGCCCGUUUCAACAUCAAUUUGCAAUACCUCAGCCUUGCCAAAACAGCGUGCGAUGCCAAUCAUGCAAUUGCCUUCCUGACAGGUCGUAGUGCACGUUACUUACGCCAUUUGGAUCUUGGAUUUUGUGCUAGUCUCGAUAACCCUGCCGCUGCUGAUCGUAUUGCCAACGUAUUAUGGAACGAAGCAGAUCAUCCAGCACCUUCACUUGAAUGUCUUGCCAUCUCAAUGCCUGUUGCAGAAGCCAUGCUUGGAAGAGGUCCAUGUCCAUGUCCCAUUACGCUUCUUGUCGUUCAUGGUUUACGCCAAAAUACACCCAUGCAAUUGCUUACGGCUUUACUCGCUUCUUUCCCAUCGGCAAGACACAUUGCAUUUACACGUGAUGAACCUGAGGAUGAUGAGUAUAUGCCAAUGUCUUUUUACAGCGAUGUCCCUGAUCCAUCCACUUCACGUCGUUAUAUCAAUCAAGAUACCGUCAAGCAAUUCAAUCUCUGCCAAAGCAAUGUCCUUGUCACUCUCACCAAUGAUCGUGAAAAGAUAGAUGGUCUCACCAUGCAUCACUGGUAA